AAAAAAAACACUGCUACCCUUCAGAUCCAUCCAAAGCUCCAGGAGAAUUGGUGGAUGUUUCCACUGUGCACCAGAACAGAGCCAACCGGGAGCGCAGCUUGUGUGCGCCACUGGAGCGGAGAUCGCCUCGCUUUGGAGUUUGACCUUCAUCUUGCAGGAUUUCUUUAGUCUUUGAACUGGUGGUCUGGGAUGGCUCUGGAGCACAGGAGAGCCCUUCGCGCCUCCGUUUUACUGGCGUGUGUGAUAAUCUGCAGCAACGUGCCAUCCGUCGGUGGAUCUCUCUACAACAACCGCUACGCAGGCGAUCAAGUCUUCAGGAUUACUCCGAGGAAUGUCGAGGAGGUACAAGUCCUCAAGGAAAUCCUGGGACACAUGAAGGUUGACUACUGGCAGCCCAAUAGUGCUGUUCUAAUCCAUCAGAACGCCACGGUGGACAUUCAUGUGAAACGUAACGACACACAAGUUUUGCACGCACGAUUAAAGCAAGAAAGAAUCGAUUAUGGGGUGUUCAUCUCUAAUCUGCAGAGAGAAAUCGAAAAGCAAACAGGAUAUCGUUCCUCUCGCAGGCGGAGGUCAGAGUCUCAGUAUGAUUAUGAGGUUUACCACUCUCUGGAAGAGAUCCAGAAUUGGAUGUUCGAAAUGAACAGAACCCACCCUGACCUGGUCAGAAUGUUCUCUGUUGGGAAGUCGUAUGAAGGAAGACCUCUUUAUGUGCUUCAGCUCGGACAGAGGAGCCGUCCUCAGAAGAAAGCCAUCUGGAUGGACUGUGGCGUUCACGCCAGAGAGUGGAUCGGACCUGCCUUCUGCCAGUGGUUUGUCAAAGAGGCCAUCAGCUCAUACAAGUACGACCUUGUGACAACACGACUUCUCAACCAGCUCAGCUUCUACAUCAUGCCUGUCUUCAAUGUGGAUGGAUAUCGGUUCAGCUGGAAUACGGACCGGUUUUGGAGGAAGACACGAUCCAAAAAUCACAAGUUCCACUGUAGAGGAGUGGAUGCUAACAGGAACUGGAAGGUGAAAUGGUGUAAUGAAGGUGCCUCCUCCCAUCCGUGUGAUGACACAUACUGCGGCGCCUUCCCUGAGUCCGAACCCGAAGUCAAAGCUGUUGCCAAGUUCCUGAGGAAGCACAAGAAGCGAAUAAAAGCAUAUAUUUCCAUUCAUGCAUACGCUCAAAUGCUUCUUUACCCGUACUCCUACAAGUAUGCCACAAUACCCAACUUUAACUGUGUGGAGUCGGCAGCUCACAGCGCAGUGACAGCCCUAUAUUCAGCGUACGGAGUGAGGUACAGAUACGGACCAGCCUCCACCACUCUGUAUGUUAGCUCUGGCAGCUCUAUCGACUGGGCCUACAGGAACGGGAUCCCCUAUGCUUUUGCUUUUGAGUUAAGGGACACGGGACACUAUGGUUUCCUUUUGCCUGAAUCCCUGAUCAGCCCCACCUGCACUGAGACCAUGAGAGCUGUGAAAGCCAUUGCAUCGGGUCUGCUGAAGAAGUGUGACACACACAAGAACAGAUUUACUUUUAUAUGAGCGACCUUUACAAUUAAUUUCAUUGGGUUUUAUUUCAAUGAAGAAAUUGUUUCUGUGGGUUCAGAUAAAUACAAAUGCAGCUUUUUUUUUUACAGUGAAUGUGAGUGUUUGCUGUGAUUCAGAAGCACUUUUAUGGAUUAUUAAAAACAAAUGAUUGUCUUGUGAAGUUUGAUGCGAGAAGUCCCAGGUGCAAAUCCUGGAUGAGCCCCUACUUGUCACGAACGUGUGGGGCAACAAAAAUAAGGGUUAAGACGCUGUGGUUGAAAGUAAAGCGACAGCUACCAGACCAAACAAUUAGCAAAAUAAAGCCACGCUUGGGCAAGCCC